CCGGCCUCCUUAACCACGCCACCGUCUGUCUAUCUUACAAUGAACCAGCCCACGGUCAUUCUUCGAACCUCGCUUCGGCGGUUUUCUGCUCAAGCACCAAGGCCAGAGACCAGGGCCCAGCGAUAUCUGGCCGCGUCGUGCAUUGUCUCUGGAGUCCUGCUGCCGUUUAUCCCGCCGGCGCUGGAGAGCUCGAGGAGGAGGAAGCUGGACGAGCCUCCGCAAGAUACUUAUCCUCCUCUCUGCUUCCAUUCUCGCUGA